AUGCUGUCUCUCACCAGUGUUAGAUCUCGUCGAACACAACAGCUUGUGGUGACACGUGAUCCGGACGAAUCGUGCGCAAACACCUUGUCGACUUUCACCACCACCACCACUCUGAAUAAAACUAUCCGCUCGCCAGAACAAGCCCUGUCCACGGUCGUUGAUGCUCCCGAUCGAACGAACUUCAUUACUUCCUCACCGAAGUCACGCUCGAAACAUUUACCCCCGUUCCCUCAAUCCUCUGUCUCGUGGAUUGGAGCCGGCUCGAAUUCCGAAACGCUCAACCACGGGAGUUGUGCAAUUCAUUACUUGCGAGAUAUUCUCAAGGCAUCGGGGGAUAGCACAUCGACCGCUUAUGUACCACAGUGUAGUGUCCAUUCGAAGGUCAUUUUGGGUGAAAUCACAACAAUUGUGCACCUGAACUUGGAACUUAUGAAUCACUUCACAAAAGAUCGAAGCAAAGUGAAUGAUCUGAUGCAGUCGGUCAGUGAUCAGUUGAAAAGCAUCGCGUAUACGCGUAUUCUCACUGGUAUGGAAAUUCCACUGGGCACCAUUUUGUUGUCUUUCCUCUCCCUCGUUGUUAUGGUUAUGUGA